AUGAAGCAACAAAACUGCUGCUCAUCAUCAUCUCCUCCCCUCUCCUUCCCCUCCCUCUCCUCCCUCUUCGCCUUCCUAAAAUCCCACAUCCCCUCCGACUCCCUCUCCUCAUGGGGCCUUAUGAGCAUGAACUUCCCUUUGUCCGAGAAGAUGACAUCGGGGGAGCCCGUCGAGGAUGCGGCGGCUCACGCGGUCAGGGAGGAGCUGGGAGAAAAUGUUAGGGUCAGGGUCCUGAUGGAAACGUACUGGGUGAAGGUCGACGAGGAGGAGUCUGUUUCGUACCCGGGGUUACCAGUGAGGUAUUUGCAAAGAGAAAGAAAGAGAGAAAGGGUAUUAUGA